UGAGUAGAUGGGGUCACAUUCGGCCCCCAAAAAAAUUCCGGGUCCUUUCUAAAUCAACAAUGUACCAUAUAUAAAGACACUUGAUACGUCUUCAGUUUUCACAAACAAAGCCAAUUCUCCUCCCGACGCGGAGGGUUUCCUAAUGUACUUCUCCUGCAGCUAUUACGUCUAGUUUUAGGUGUAGCCAAAUCUCUGUCCCUCGUGAUCAUUUCCCAUUAUACCCACCUGCAUUCACCCAACACACACAUUACAUGCAUAACACAUAUUGAGAGAGAGAGAGAGAGAGAGAGAGAGAGAGAGAGAGAGAGAGAGAGAGAGAGAUGGGGGUGAAGGAAUGGGGAGAGAGGUCACAGGGAGUAGCGCUAAUGCUGAUGGUGCAAGUGAUCGGAACAGGGCUCCAGCUGCUGUCUAAGGUUAUAUUGGGACAUGGGCAAUUCAUAUUCGCCCUCAUGGCAUACCGUCACGUGGUGGGUGCCUUGUGUGUUGCCCCCUUCGCUUUCUUCCUCGAAAGAGGAAAAGGAAAAGAGUUGAGCUGGUCUAUUGGGUUCUGGCUCUUUAUGAACGCAUUAACCGGGAUUUCAAUGGCUAUGGGAUUAUUCUAUUAUGGGUUGCGAGACACCACAGCUACCUACGCUACAAACUUCCUCAAUCUUAUUCCGAUCGUCACUUUUGUCUUCUCAAUUAUUGUCGGAAUGGAGAAGCUGAGACUGGGUACGAGGGCAGGGAAGGUGAAGACUAUGGGGGCAAUCCUGUGCGCCGCGGGAGCACUGACUAUUAGCCUGUACAAGGGUAAAUCGUUCUCCAUCGGACAUCAUAGUACUCACCAUAAAGAGAUCCGCCAUAACGUUCAGCACAACUGGACACGUGGCACUGUAUUUCUGGUGCUUAGUGUCCUCUCAUAUGCCACGUGGUUUAUGGUCCAGGUUAAGCUGUUUAAAUUAUUUCCCUAUAAGUAUUGGGCCACAAUGUUGACAUGCAUAAUAGCAUCAGUCCAAGGAGCGGUGGUAGGCCUCUGCAUUGAUACAAACAAGGGUUCAUGGGCUUUAGGAUGGAAUCUGCAACUGGUUACAAUAAUUUACUCGGGAAUGUUAGCUACAGCUGCGACAUUUUGCUUAAUUUCCUGGGCAGUUGCGAACCGAGGACCAACCUAUCCUUCCAUGUUCAACCCAUUGGCACUCAUUUUUGUGACCAUAACUGAAGCUCUGUUUCUUGGAGAACCGAUUACUGUGGGAAGCUUGAUUGGAAUGUCAUUGAUCAUUGCGGGCUUGUAUUCUUUCUUGUGGGGAAAGAGCAAGGAGUCAAAAAAUACGACACGGCCAAAAUUGGCAAUGAUUGAAGCUUCCGUGGUGGUUCCUGAUAAAUCUACAGCAUUGCAAACGUCAGCCGUAGUCAUGCCAACUGCUUCUCCCAGUACCACAACUGUCGCGGUGUUUGGCAAUGCAAAACCUAACGAGAAUGAAACGUUCGUUUAGAAUCUCACGGCUGAUCGAUCAGGUUCAUAAUUGUUCAGACCUCUAGUUUUGCUUUUGCUAGAGGCUUUGCGUACGUGCAUUAGUUAAGUUCUUGCGAUAAGGGUAGUUCCGGAAGUAAAGAAGUCGCAAUAUAAAGAUAAAUGUUGUUACUAGCUUGUUACAUAGUAUAUUUCCAUGAUUGUACGUGUCUAAUGAAUUGCGAUUUCGUUAUUUAGAUAAGACUCAUGUUCAUUAUUCA